AUAAUAUCAGCUAGUUGUAGGCGAAUGAGUGGCGCGGCGCAGCUGGUAGAAAAUGGCGUUAACUAUCAGCUCCAAGAGCCAUUUCCGCAUGAAGGGCACCGAGACGGACAACCGAGACUGUAUGCACUUCAAUAUCGAUAUAUCGGAGGAAGUGCGAUACCACCAGAUAGACGCGGACCGCAAUGGACCAAGUCGCAAUCCUGGUGGGGGGAUACGGAAUCGAAUGAGGGAAAGCGCCAUGUCGCUGGAAGAACCCAACAAGUUCUAUGCCCAAAGUCAUGAUAUAAUGCGCCACGAUCACAAAAAUUGCACCCCUGGACGCAAAGAGUACACCAAAAGCCGUAAACACUUUCAUUAUCGAACGUACAAGACAGCCAGGAGCAUUGAGGGGUCUCCCGAAAGGAAUGGCACUUGGUACGGGGCCCCAGAGAGAUCAUGCGACAGAUAUUAUCCACCUCAGCCCCAACGGGAAGCGAUAAGGGAGCCAGACCUAAGACCCCCUUAUCCCCAAGAAACCAAUCCAUUCAGGGCUCAGGCCUAUGCCGAUCCCGGCUAUGGGUACUACCAGAACAGACCUGUACCCAGGCAGUACCACGAGUCCCACGAGCAUCUGUCGUACGCAAAAGUUCCGUCGGUGGCAUCCUAUAAUCUCUACUCGGAGCACCCUUCUCGGUCUCUUUGCAGCGGCGAGUACUUAGUGCCGGGGCCCAGUAUUCCAGUUUAUAGACCGCCAUGGGCGGUACCGCCCGAAUAUCCAAAGAACUGCAGUUCCCCGGGCUAUUAUUCUUCGAGUUCGCACCACGACUUCCACAAAUACAGGAAAAUAUGUGACAAGGAGCAGGCACCCAGGGAGUUUUCAGGCAACGAUUAUUGUGAGGCAAGACAUAGCCCGCGCAACCGUGCCCCCAGAUCUUAUAAUACUUAUGAAACCAAGCACUAUGAACGACGAGAAGAGGAGAAGGGUCCUAGAGGAAAGUCUAAUAAAUCUUACAAGCGGGAGGUGGAGGAAUAUCCUGAUAGAUAUCAUAAGACGGAACCUAGGCUCAGACACUGCGAUAGCUUCAAUCACAAGGAGAAGCAGGCCUCUCCGAGAAAAGAGAAAAAACAUGCGAAGGAGAGCCAAGAGUCUCCGCGACGGUUCAGGCCCUUUUUCAAGGAAGAAGUUCCCCAUCGAAACCCGCACUACGAGGAGAAGAAAAAGCACAAAUCAAGAAGAGAAACUCCCUCUAAAGUAUACGAAUACUUUGUAGACAUUCCGGAGCCGCACAAGUACUCCCCAGAUGGUCUAGAAUCGAAAAACAUAUCGCAACACUCUCCGAAACGUAAAGGUUACGCCGAUAGCUCGGAAAUACCUCGUUACGUGCUAAAAUGCCACCGGAAGGCAAGUAGCAUUGUGCCCUUUUCCACCGUGGAGAUACCCUACAAGAGAAGGGAGCGGAUCCACCUGUUUCCCCACAAAGACAAGUCGGCGCCCAAGGGCCUGGAUGCAGGCUGCGACAGUCUACCGUCGACAUCCGCCACCAACCUGGCUGCCAAUAAAGGAUCGCGUCACUCUCUUGGGCAGGAUGGAAGACAGCCUGGCCGCAGGUCAUUGAAGGACCGAACUCUGGGUUACAAGCCGGCUAAUGCCUUCAACUUGACCUCUGUAGGGUGUGGGUGUGGCAGCCGCUACCCCACCUUGUAUAGAGGACCGGGCCUGGAAAAUCCCCACGAAGAUGAUGGCAGAAAAUACCAGGAAUAUUCAAUGUUCAAUGUGCUCCACUCGAAUGAACGCAGCAACGCCCAGGGUGCUCGGAGUCGCGAAGAAAGCUGUGACUCUUCGUCUUCCGGAAGCUGUGAUUGUAGCUCCGACGAGUGCAGCAUAUGCGAGAAGUACUUGAGGAUCAGAAGCAGCGACAGCUCCAUGGACAGCGCAAGCUGCAGCGAGAGGAGUAGCGCAAGUUGUAGCGAGAGGAGCAGCGACGACUGUAGCGAGCGAAGCAGCGAGAGCUGCAGCGAGCAGUGCAUCAAAAGCUGUUGCACCAACUGCAGAGGCAACGAGAACAAACGCAACGAAUCGAUCGAGCCCGUCCAGCCCAGUCAAAUAAACAUCUGCCUGACCAUUCGCGCAGGGGACAACCCACCGGGGAUCCUUGCUCCUUGCAGGAUAAGCCCCCAGUCGCCUUGCCCGAUAGGUCCGUCCGAGCCGUCCAGACCAUGCCAGACGUGCCGCAAAAGCGCCAGCCCCAAAAGUCUGAAGCCCUGCGGGUGCCCGGAGCAUGGCGACGCACCGCUGAACAAUUGCCCCAAAAAAGUAAGACUCCAAUGUCCCAAGACUCCUUCGAGCCCUCGGAAUCAGCAGACGUCUUCCCCGAAAAAGUGCCGCAAAAAAGAACCCCCCAGCCGUGCUCCCACCAUGGGUAGUUGCACGUGCCCCACGUGCCCCAAUAAAACAGGUUCCAGUGGCCCCGCUCCGGAAAAGGGAAGCCCGCGAGACAGCGGUGAUCUGAAACAGGCUAAGAAACAGUCCUUGGCCGCAAAUACUCGUACAAAGCCUGGCCAUAAAGACCAGUCGAAAUCGAAGCAGAAAAAGGUUGUAUCGAGGGGCUGCGGCAAAGGCUCCGCCACAAAGCCCCCGAAACGAGGAUCUGAGGGAAGGAACACUAGAUCGUCGUGUACGUGCAAAACUACGCCCAGGAAUUCCGCAACAAGCUUGGGCAGUGCUGCUAGUCGAAAGAGCUCUUCGAGCUGUGAGAAAAGCCCAAAGAACGGGGAAGAAACAGUGGAUCCCAGUCCCCCAGUGUGUGACCCGACGUGUCCUGCCGGUCCUCAGAGCGAGUACGGCGACAGUUUCUCAAUGCCGGGCUGCGUUCAGCGCGGCGACCUGUGCUGCCCCACGCUCGUCGCCGAAUGGGAUGCGAGCUGCUGCCGCCGCAGGACCCCCAUUGAGGACUUGAAGACGGAGCUGAUGCAGAACUUGAGAAGUGGCCAGAGCCCGGCCCUCGGCGCCGCUCCGCCCCUGAUGUUCCUUCCGUGUCUGCCCAACGCUUGCCCCUUUGCCUGCUGGAGCCCCGAGCCGGUGGUGUCCUGGCCACCCUGCCCUCCGCUUCAAGCCCCCUGCCCGUUCUAGCCUCAGUUUCGAUCCAAAUACAAAAACUAGCAUCAAUAACAGAACAAAAUGUA